AUUGGACAAUUCGGUAAGAUUCGCGAGCGAGAGAGAACAGUAACUGAAGAAUUAACUUCCUGAGCUUUAUAGUAACAAAGUUUGUAUUAGUAUAUUUUAUUAUUAUUACAAGUUUCACAUUUAUUCUCCCGAAAAGGAUUGUACAAAGCAUGCGUCAUUUGUGGCUAAAUUUAAUUUACUAUCAUUUUCUCAAUCACAGCAAAGUAAUAUAUAUCUUACAUAAUCUGAUCAGGAAUAGUUGAAAUGGCAAAUUGGUCAUUUUGUAUUCGUAAAUGACUAUUACUUUUUUCUUUGGUAAAUAUUUAUGGCAACAAAUUACAGUUGACGAUAUAGAAAUAGAAAGAUAUUAAUUUGCAUACGACUGUAAAUGACGUUGACACGCCCCGCAAGGUUGUAAAGUCAAGUAUAAAGGUCGUUGAUAAACAAACGAGCUGUCAACAUUUUGUCAUUGUCCGGUUAUAAACGCAUACGCUCCGCUUAAGCGCCUGAGAAACAAUUCUUUUCUUUAUAUAGAAUAAUGGAAUCCGAUGAUGAAGUCGAGGAUGGUCCUAUAGAACAAGACGAAACGCCGCCGCUAUUCUAUUGCCCACCCCCUCAACAGCUCCUUAUAAGUCCCGAGCCUUCUAGAAGACCGCGACGAGUUUUUAGUAACAGUCGAGAAAGAUGGAGACAACAAAAUGUUAACGGGGCAUUUGCUGAAUUACGUAAACUAGUACCAACUCACCCGCCGGAUAAGAAAUUAAGCAAGAACGAAGUUCUUCGACUCGCUAUUAAAUAUAUAAGGUUAUUGGACAAAGUAAUAGAAUCACAGAAAAAAGAGGAAAAGCGAAAUCAUAUAGCUUGUUCAUGCAAUUUUUGUUCAUCGAAUCUUAUGCAGUUAAGUCCUAUCAGUGAGGCGUCAAAUCCUAGUGAUUAA